AUGACCCAGACAACAGUUCCCGCACCCGAGGACUGGCGCAUUCUCGUCGCCCAAAAGCGCAAGCAACUUGACCAGCAGAUCCCUACGGAUUGGCGAUUGAGCGAGGCUUUCAUUUCGUCGCUGCCUAAAGAUGGCCGCCUAAUUGAAGCCGAUGUCGCGCGCCGCAGUGGGAUCCUGUCCGACGGGGAAGUCGACAUCACGGAGAACUAUUCUGCUGCUCAACUCCUUCAGAAGCUGGCUAGGGGUGAGUUGACCUCGCUGGCUGUCGCUACAGCAUUCUGUAAACGGGCUGCAAUUGCUCAGCAGCUGACAUCCUGCCUCACGGAGCACUUCUUUGAUCGUGCCCUCGAACGAGCCCGCUACCUCGAUGACUACCUCAAACGAGAGAAGAAAGUCGUCGGUCCACUGCAUGGGCUUCCAAUUAGCGUGAAAGAUUCCUUCUGUCUGGAAGGAAUACAGACUACUAUUGGAUAUGUUUCGUUUCUCAAGAACCCUCCCGCCACCUCCAACUCUGCGUUGGUGAACAUGCUCCUCGAUAUGGGUGCUGUUCUCUACGUGAAGACCAAUAUCCCGCAGACGAUGAUGACCGCCGACUCCGAAAACAACAUCUUCGGCCGCACUUUAAACCCCCACAAUACUGCUCUCACAGCCGGCGGAUCCAGCGGCGGCGAAGGCUCCCUCGUAGCCUUCCGCGGCUCCAUCCUCGGUGUAGGAACCGACAUCGCCGGCUCCAUACACGCAUCCCAUCUCUCUGCUGUGGCGUCUCCGGUGCCGCCGAGGGGUGUUCCGGGGCUCGUACCCUCCGCCGGACCCCUAGCCCACACCCUGGGCGACCUGGAGCUGUUCAUGUCUACGAUCCUUCGCGCCGAGCCGUGGAGGUACGAUGCCACUGCUUCCGGGGCGCCGUGGAGCAAGUCAUGCGACGUGCCUGCCCUCCUGACUGUCGGCGUGCUCCCAGAGGACGAGCAUUUCCCGCUGCAUCCGCCUGUCCGCCGGGCGCUGGAGUCUGCUAUUGCGGCGCUGGAAAAGAAAGGCCAUCGCAUCAUUCGCUUGGAGAACGAUCCCGCACGAGACAUCGCGUACGCUUGCCGUCUUGCCUUCCAGUAUUUCACCUAUGGCCCGCAUAAGGACCACAUCGCGCCGAGCGGGGAGCCCCUCGUGCCGUCCGUGGCUCGGGGGGACUCGCCGAUGUUCACGGGCCCGUUCCCCGUUGACCAGGAGCUGGAAGUGUUUGAGAAGAUCAAUGCCUUGCACAGCGCCAGGGCGGAAUACAGCGACGCCUGGCGUCAGACGUGGGUUGAGAACGGGCUGGAUGUGAUCCUGGCCCCGGGGGCCCAGAACACCGCCGUGCCGCACGAUACCUACGGGUGGCCUCCGUAUACGCGAAGGUGGAAGCUAACUACUCAGUACCCGGCGUGUAUCAUCCCGUACGGCAAGUCGUCAAUGGAGCUGGAUCCAGAGCCGAUGGAGUCGAAGACCAAUCAACCGAGCUACGACCCAGUUGCGCAAGAUGGCGCUCCCUGCGCCCUCCAGAUCAUCACCCCGCACUUCCAGGACGAAAAGUGCCUGGCAGCUGCACGUAUUAUCGACCGCGACAUCAGAUCAUAG